UAUAUUAAGCUAGGCUAGGGCGAGGAAGAAGUAGAGCUCUUGACGAUGGCGUCCGGGAGGCCGCAUUACGGCGCUGGAGCGCUCCAGCGGUCGGGAAUGCUAUCCAAGGAGCAGCUGUUUCGCCUCUUCCUCGAAUUCGCGCAUCUCGUCGACAAGCCCGAAGUAAAAAAGCGUAUCUCGGACGCAGUACAAGCAAGACAGGAAGCAGUGGGGGUGACGACUGAGAUCCAGGAAGAAAUCUUUCUGCGAAUGGGUGUUGAGCCAAAGUUUGGGAUUGCAUCGCUGGGGAAAGUGAACACAGUUUACAAGGACGACCGAGAACUCAUGCUCAAGUUCUACGAGUUUGUUGCCCGAGAAGAGAUGGCGUGUGACGAGGCGGAGCUCGGAAGAGAUGCAUUUCAGCAAAAGAUGCAGCAGUUCACGAAAUCUCAAGAACAGCAACUCAAGUUAUUACAGCAGCUUCGAAAUCUUUCUCUAGACAGGCAGCAAGCCUUCUUCCAAGACCUACAAGCUCGAAUGCAGUAUCUUCACAAGCAAGGAGCUCCCAGCAUGAGCACGAGAGACAUCCAAGAUUUUCACCAGCAGUUCCUCAUGCGCAGUAACUAAACACUGAGAUUGAGCUCCGCAGUUCUUCGUCUCCACAUCUCGUUGAUCUCUACAAUUCGAUUUGCUGCGAAGGAGAAUGAUAGAAUAAGCGUUACGGUUUGUAGAAGAAAAAAGAACGAAAAAAUCAAAGGUCAAAGGAAAAAAUUUGGACAAUCCAA